ACCAACCGAGUUUUACUUUGUUGCUAGCAUGGUCCAGGCUAAGGAUGAAACUGGAUAUCUCCAGUCUCCAUUCCUCACUGACAGAAACAUUGCCAUAGCAUUCAGUUCCAAUUCUGCUACAAUACCACCAGCUUUGUCAUUCAGGUUCAUCACUUACUGCCUCAGUAUUUUUGAUGUGAAGAAAUACGGCGAUAGAAAGGACGACAUGCUGUUCCAUAGAUCUGCAGUAUUUACAAUUGAUCCAUUAUUAGAAAUUCAUAUUCUCUGUGAAGAUGAACGAAUUGUUGUCCGUCUUGUUCAUGCUAAGAAGAAAGUCUUGAUAUUGAAAGACCUUGCUUCAAGUAUCUGCGAUUGUCUGAAAUCAGCCCUGCAGAACAUAAGUCAGCUUUAUAUCCAAACCAGCAGUGAUAACUCUGAACUAAGCGUAGGGACUUUUGAAAUGAACUUAUGCUGUAGUGUUGCAAAAGAUCCAUGCCUGCUAUCCAUUGGAGAAUUCAACAAAAUCGAUAGUAUCUGGGUAUGUCCCGGACACAAAUUGGACCAUGACAAAUUUGUGAUGUCCUCUUGGAUAACAGAAAAGGAAAUGACGAAGAAGUGUGAAAUUACCUGUCCAGGUAGGAAGGCAUUCACUCAAAAGUGCAUUGCAACUAGUUGUCUAGACGUGUGA